AUGCUGGUCUUUGGAGAUGACACACGCAACUACUUCCUGGUGAUUGGACAGGCAGUGGAUGAUGUGCGCCUUGCACAGAACAUGGCCCGAAUGAACGAUGUCAUUCUGUCACCCAACUGCUGGCAGCUCUGCGAUCGGAACAUGAUUGAAAUUGAGAGGAUUCCGGAUCAGAGAGCAGUUAAGGUUAACUUCUUAAAACCACCCCCUUCUUUUAACUUUGAGGAAUUUUUCACGAAAUGUAUGACCUUCAUGGAUUAUUAUCCUGGUGAACACAAAAACUUCCUGAGGCUUGCCUGCAUCCUGGAUUCUGAUCCUAAACUGGAGAUGUCCCUACAAAAGUAUGUGAUGGAAAACAUUUUGAAGCAGAUCGACGACAAACAACUUGGGGGUUAUUUGUCUGAGCUUCGCCCGGUGACGAUUGUGUUCGUGAACCUGAUGUUUAAAGAGCAAGACAAAGCAGAGGUCAUAGGCACGGCCAUCCAGGAUGCCUGUGUGCACAUCACUUCUGUCCUGAAGGUCUUCCGAGGCCAGAUCAAUAAAGUCUUCAUGUUCGACAAGGGCUGCUCCUUCCUCUGCGUCUUUGGCUUCCCCGGGGAGAAGGCCCCUGACGAGUUCUCCCACGCCUUGGAGAGUGCUGUGGAUAUAUUCGACUUCUGCUCUCAGGUCCACAAGAUCCACACCGUGUCCAUCGGCGUUGCCAGUGGGAUCGUCUUCUGUGGCAUCGUGGGGCACACCGUGAGGCACGAGUACACGGUCAUUGGUCAAAAAGUCAACAUAGCCGCCAGGAUGAUGAUGUACUACCCGGGAAUCGUGACCUGUGACUCUGUCACCUACAACGGCAGCAACCUACCAGCCUACUUUUUUAAAGAGCUUCCAAAGAAAGCGAUGAAAGGUGUUGGCGAUUCUGGGCCCGUCUAUCAGUGCUUGGGCCUGAAUGAGAAAGUCAUGUUUGGGAUGGCAUACCUCAUCUGCAACAGAAAUGAGGGCUACCCUUUGCUGGGGCGUGAUAAAGAGAUCAGAUACUUUAUGCGUACCAUGAAGGAAUUCUUGAUGUCUAACUGCAGCCGAAUCCUAAUGUACGAAGGAUUAUUUGGAUAUGGAAAAAGCCAGAUACUUAUGGAAAUUGAGUACCUGGCUCAAGGUGAGAACCACAGAACCAUUGCUAUCGCGUUGACUAAGAUCAGCUUCCAUCAGAACUUUUACACCAUCCAGAUACUCAUGGCCAACGUGCUGGGUCUGGACACUUGCAGACACUACAAGGAGCGGCAGACCAACCUUCAAAGCAGAGUCAGGAGGCUGCUGGACGAGAAGUUCCACUGUCUCCUCAACGACAUCUUCCACGUCCAGUUCCCUAUUUCUCGGGAGAUUUCCAAGAUGAGCACYUUGAAAAAGCAGAAGCAGUUGGAAGCACUGUUCAUGAAGAUCUUGGAACAGACAGUGAAGGAGGAAAGAAUCAUUUUCAUCAUCGAUGAGGCUCAGUUUGUGGACGUGGCCUCCUGGACCUUCAUGGAGAAGCUCAUCCGGACGGUCCCCAUCUUUAUCAUCAUGUCCCUGUCACCCUUCGUGGGCCUUCCCUGUGCGGCAGCCAGUGCCAUCAUGAAGAACAGGAACACCACCUACAUCACCCUGGGGCCCAUGCAGCCCAACGACAUCCGCAACAAGGUCUGCCUGGACCUCAACGUGUGCAGCAUCCCCAAAGAGCUGGAGACGUACCUGGUGGAGGGCAGCUGCGGGAUCCCCUACUACUGCGAGGAGCUGCUGAAGAACCUGGACCGCCACCAGGUGCUCGUUUUCCAGCAGAUGGAGCCUGAGGAGAAGACCAAGGUGACCUGGAACAACCUGUUCAAGAAUUUCGUCAAGCCAACGGAGGAAUUAAAAGGGUUUUCUCUUAGAAAUGAGGAGGGAAAUGAAGAAGUCUGUAACCUGGUCAGUGGUGUCAGACUGAAAAACCUGUCGCUCCCCGCGUCACUGAAAGAAAUCUCUCUGGUCCAGCUGGACAGCAUGAGCCUCUUCCACCAGAUGUUGGUGAGGUGCGCUGCCAUCAUUGGCCUGACCUUCACCACGGAGCUGCUGUUUGAGGUUCUCCCUUGCUGGAACAUGAAGAUGAUGAUCAAGGCCCUGGCCACCCUCGUGGAGCUGAACGUUUUUUACUGCUUCCGGAAUGGCAAGGAUCUUCGACUGGCCCUGAAGCAAAAUGCCACCUCAUUUGAGGUUCACCAUCGCUCCUCGUCUCUGAGACCCAGCGAGGAGAUGGCUCACAGCGAGGAGGAGGARCUCCGAGAACUGGAGGGCGAGGUGAUUGAGUGCCACAUCAUUCGGUUCUCCCGGCCUAUAAUGCAGAAGACAGCCUACGAGCUCUGGCUCAAGGACCAGAAGAAGGCCUUGCAUUUGAAGUGUGCCCGCUUUUUAGAGGAGAAUGCCCACAGGUGCGACCACUGCAGAAGUGGGGACUUCAUCCCGUAUCACCACUUCAUGGUGGACAUCCGCCUCAACACCUUGGACAUGGACACCAUUAAGAAGAUGACUAAGCCUCGCGGAAUCCAAGCUAAAGAAGAGAUCAACUUAGCUAAAUCAGAGGUUCCUAAGAGAUCUGAGUUACUUCCUGAAAAUCUCAGGAAGAAGAGGCUGGCCCAGCUCUACCGGCAGACCGCCUGCUUCUCCCUGCUGUGGCGCAUCUACAGCUCCAACUACUUUUUCCACUACAAGUUCUACGGCCACCUGGCGGCUGUGAUGCAGGUGAACUCCGCGCUGGAGACGCAGAACGACUUCCAGCUUCACACAGGCUAA